AUGGCAGCAAAGAUGAAGGGGUACAAAUAUAGAAACGGUGCAGAUCAGCCACAAAAAUACUACAACAACAUAAGUUGGAAGGGUGUAUUUACUUCAGUUUAUGCAGAGGCGGAUACGGCUUCUAUUAAAAGCUCUGAGACCACUGUUAAUCAACCAUUGGCAGGAGAUUUCAAGGACCAAGCAGAUGCUGAAAGCAAUGAGUUGAAGAAUGGAAGUUCAAAGGAAAAGCAAAACUCAACCUACAAAGUUUGUCAGCAAGAAGAUGCUGCAAUGAUCAUUCAGUCGGCAUUUAGAAGAUUUCUGGCCCGACGAGCUAAUGAAGGAAUGAAGUUGCAAGAUUGUAAGGCAGAUCCUGUAGGAAGUCCAAGUAGAGAGUCUAUGGGCACAUCAAUUGAAGUUCAAACUGGAAAUUCCGACAUUUUCUCAUCCCAAGAAGAAAGCAUGGCUGUGCACCAUCCAGCACGGCAUAGAAGUAGAGCCCAAGUGCUCAAGCUACAGGUACAACAACUGGAAUUUUAAAAUGUAAAAUCCCCCUACC